UGUUGAAUAAGCGCACACACUGGUUGCUUCUUGUUUGGUCGAUGGCUCAAGUGAUCGAACCGAACUGUGUUUGUGUUUCUGAGAGAGUGGUUUAGGAAUUUUAUGUACAGCAUUUUCAAAUGAUAAUAUUCAUCAGGGCCUGAGAAUCUUCUCUACUUAAUACAGUCAAGGUGUAUUUUUGGGCCGUGUUAUUUUGUAUUUUUAUGAAAAAUAUGUAAAAGAAAAAUGUGUUUUGUUUAAGUGAUUUUUUUCCUUCUACGUGUCUCUAAAUAGUGCUUUUUUUGGUGUUUUUUUAAUUUUUUAUUUUGUGUGAUUUUUUUGCUUUAUUUUUGGGAGGAUUAUUUGAAACUUUUUAUUUUUAUUUUAAAGUCUUAAAUCAAUAAAAGAUUUUGAAACAAUAUGGCGCUACUUGGUAUGGUGUCGGCUUUAGCCGGCUUUGUUAAAGUACGAUAUUUAAUCGAUAAAGCUAUUAUUGAUAAUAUGGUAUUUCGUUGUCACUAUCGGAUCACAUCAGCGAUAUUAUUCUUGUGUUGUAUUAUUGUUACGGCUAAUAAUUUGAUAGGGGAUCCAAUACAAUGCAUAAACGAUUCAGUGCCUGGUCAUGUAAUAAACACAUUCUGUUGGAUAACAUACACUUUUACGAUGCCAGGAUUAUAUAACAAACCAAUUGGAACACAUGUUCCACAUCCGGGUCUUGGUAAUGAUCUUGAAGAGAAACAAUUUCAUAGUUAUUAUCAAUGGGUGCCAUUUGUGUUAUUCUUCCAAGGAUUAUUAUUUUAUGCACCACAUUGGAUAUGGAAAAAUUGGGAAGAAGGUAAAAUUCGAUUAAUUUCGGAUGGUAUUCGUGGUACAAUGAUUGGUGGCGAACAAGAACGUGCUUUUCGUGCUGAACGAUUAAUUCAAUAUAUUAUGGAUACUUUACACUUGCAUAAUACCUACGCUUUUGGGUAUUUCUUCUGUGAGGCUCUUAAUUUUAUUAAUGUGGUAUUAAAUAUAAUUUUCGUGGAUAAAUUCUUGGGCGGUACAUUUAUGUCUUAUGGUGUCGACGUAUUACGUUUCUCAAAUUUAAAUCAAGAAAAUCGUACCGAUCCAAUGGUGCAAGUAUUCCCGCGUAUUACAAAAUGUACAUUCCAUAAAUUUGGAGCAUCAGGGACAAUACAAAAACAUGAUGCUAUGUGCGUUCUAGCUUUAAAUAUAUUAAAUGAAAAAAUUUAUAUCUUUUUAUGGUUUUGGUUUAUUAUAUUGGCUGUAUUAAGUGGUUUAGCGCUUAUCUAUUCCGCUGCUGUGAUUUUAAUGCCAUCAACACGUGAAGCAGUAUUAAAACGAAAAUAUAGAUUUAGUACACCAGAUGCCUUAACAACGUUGAUUAGAAAAACUCAGGUUGGAGAUUUUCUAUUAUUACAUUUAUUGGGACAAAAUAUGAGUGUCUUAACAUACAAUCAAAUAAUGGACGAACUAAGUAAACGUUUAAGUACACGAACAAAUUUACCAUCAGCACCAAGUACACUAGAAAUGAGUCCUAUUUAUAGUCCUGAAAAACGGGAGAAAUUUGGUAUAGAAACAGAAACAUAAAACAGUAUCAUACCUACUUUAUAAAAAUAAAAUAAAAAACGAUGAAGCGAAUCUGUGAAGAUAAAUAAUU